AUGCCUGGGAAGGACAUCGUGGAAAGCCUCCCUGGCAACUUCUGGAAGGGUGUCACACUCUUCAAUGCCGUUUGCUGGGGAUCUUCCUACAUCUCCACGAAGGCCGGCAUCGAUGCUCUUAGUUCUGCAGGAGUCGAGGAUGCCCCGGUGGUCUUCGGGGCCUUGCGCUUUGUGCUGGCAGCGUUGCCUUUGUUGCCUUGGCUCUGGAAGUCCAGUUCUCCGGAAAGCGCCCGGAGCAGCGCCGUGGUGGGUAGUUUGGGGGCCGUGGCCUACGCCGCCGUCUUCGUCUCCUUCUCCUACGGGACCACCGGCGCCAAAGCUGCUUUCAUCACUGCUCUUCAGACCACCGUGGUGGCCUCCUUGAGCUCUAUGGCAGCCAAGCGGCUCAAUUUGAGCACGUUCUGCUCGGCGCUUCUUGCGUUGGGUGGCGUAGGCGUGCUCGAGUUUUCAUCUGGGCCUGUGGAAGCUACAAUCGGUGACCUCAUAUGCAUGGCUUCACCCAUCCUCAUCGGACUCAGCUGGUAUGUGCUCGGCGAGAGCACGAAGAAGUUUCCAAAGGAUGCCACACCCACUGCAGCUAUCCAACUUUUGUGCUUUGGGAUGCUCUUCGCGGUAUGGUCGCUGGGUGAACUGCUGCUACGCCAUGGGCCUGCGGGGCUGCUGCAGGGUGCCACCCACUUUCCCGAGCUGCUGCAAACGCCAGGUCUACUGCCGGCGCUGCUCUUUUCAGCUUUCUUUGGCAACACGGUGACCAUGCUACUCAGCAGUGAGGCUAUGAAGCGCCUCAAGGCAUCUGACGUUUCCCUCAUCGUGGCCUCCGAGCCUCUUUGGGCAGCUCUGGCUGCCACAGCUUUCCUCGGCGAGAUCUUCACCGCCUCUGACAUGGCUGGUGGCUUCCUGGUCCUGGCCGGCAUCCUUUGCAACGAGUUCUGGAAGAGCCCCGAGGCUGAGGCUGAAAGCAAGAGCGAGGUCCUGAAACAGGACCAUGGAGGGAAAGCGCGAAAGGAUGUCCUUGCGGACUUGCCCAGACGCGCCGUGGGGGAGAGCCAUGAGGUGCGGGGCCUCUCCGAGCCAAGUCGCUCGAGCCGAGCCAAGGUGCCGGCGGCCCUCGGGGCCGCAGCGGCCGUGGCGGCGCGUCGGCGUCUCGGAAGGCGUGCGCAGGCGGCUGCGACACUGACCUUCCAAGACGAUGGUUGGGAUGACGAUCCGGACACGAAUGAGGAGGUUCCUUUGAGCAAGAAGGCGCCCCUCCUCAUUGACGGCCGGAUCGUGGUUCCCCAGCGGAGCUUCCGGGUGACCAGUCCAGCCACGGGGGACCUGGUUGGCGUCGCACCCAACGCAUCGAAAGAGAUGAUUGAGGCCGCCGUCGUCGCGGCCGCGCGCGCGGCGCCGGGCUGGGCUGCGCUGCGACAUGCGGAGCGGGCGGCGAUGCUUCAGUCUUGUGCUGAUGCGCUCAGGGCAAACCUCGAGGCACUGGCCACACUCCAGACAAACGAAAGUGGGCGACCGCUGGCGGAGACGCGGCUGGAGGUCAUCGUGGCUGCAGCUUCCUUUGAAAAUGCUGCACGUUUCUUGGACGUCAGCCAGGAGCGGUUGAUCUCGGAGGAUGAAGAGAAGAAGGUCGUCAUUCGUCGAAUGCCCGUGGGCGUGGUGGCAGUGAUCGCGCCAUGGAAUGCACCCAUUGUGCUCGGCUGGAAACCGACGGCUACGGCAUUGGCUUGCGGAAACCCGGUGGUGCUGAAGCCCGCGCCGCAAACGCCUCUGACAACGCUGCGAAUCGGGGAGCUGCUCCGAUCGCUGCUGCCCCGAGGAGUGCUCAAUGUCGUCGUCGGUUCAGACCUCAACACCCCGAGGCCCGGCGAGAUCUUGACGAGCCAUGACCUUGUGCGGAAGGUGGUCUUCACAGGCUCCACUGCCAUUGGCAGCAAGGUCAUGGAGGCUUGUGCCAAAGGCUUCAAGCGGCUGCUUCUGGAGCUGGGAGGCAACGAUCCCGCGAUCGUGCGAGAGGACUGCGACGUAGAGAAGGCGGCCGAAGGCCUUUUCAAGGGAGCGUUUUUCAACAACGGCCAGACCUGUUGUGCAGCAAAGCGCAUCUACGUUCAGGAAAAGAUUUACGACAAGUUCGUCAAGGCCUUUGUGGCCCGCGCGCGGCGUGCGGUGCUGGGCAACGGGCUGUCGUCUGGAACAGAACUUGGCCCAUUGGCCAGUGCAGUGCAACUUCGCCAUGUAAUGGAAUUGGUCGAGGAUGCCCGCCGGAAAGGUGGCCGAGUUUUGUGCGGGGGUGGGGCCACUGCGGGGCCUCCUGGGGACGAGGGUUCGAACACGGGCUUGUUCUACCUUCCCACCAUUGUGGUCGACGUUGCAGAGGGCACACGGCUUGUGGACGAGGAGCAGUUUGGCCCCGUGGUGCCGGUGAUGUCCUACAAGGAUGACGAGGAGGCAGUUCGGAGGGCAAACGCCACCCGCUAUGGCCUUUCCGCAUCCAUCUGGAGCCAGGACUUCGACAAGGCUAAUGAGAUAGCAAACCGGCUGAAGGCCGGAACAGUUUGGGUGAACAAGCACUGCGAGUUCAUUCGCAACGCUCCGUUCGGGGGAAUCGACGAGUCCGGCAUUGGCCGCGCGGGUGACCUGGGAGAGCAGGACUUGAACCAGUACACCGAGAUCAGGACACUCUGUCUCGCGAAGGCCCCGCCCAAGCUCCCGCCGGAUGUAGAGUCUCUGCAGCAUACGCCGGAAGUCGUGGUUGAGGAGCGCGCGAGGUCUGCACUCCAACGCCUCUUUCGGCGGGUACGUUCCCAGGAUGCAUUGGAAAGCGCAGCACAGGAAGCACUGAGAGUGUUUCCUUUCCAGCCACGAAACCUCCGAUCAGCUCUCACGAGUCUGAGCUCUCCAACGGGCUCGGCGUGUGUCCUGUUGCGAGGGCUUCCGGUCGAGACCCCCAUCGCGCGCCGUCGCCUCGAGUCGGAGGCGUCUCUGCUAGGCGUGCUCGGCUUGCUUGGAGCCAGCGCCUAUGCUUUGGGUGACGAGGAGCCCCAAGGGCUCGUCCGUGACGUGGACGAGGCCUUCGAGGCCUCAACGUGGCACCGCGAUGGUCGAAGUGCCCCGAGCUUUGAUGCUCCACGACGCCUCUUCAGGCCUGAGAAGUCGGUGCCCGACUUUGCCUUGUCGAUGUGCAUUGGCGAGGGCGUGAAGGGGAGCUUCGUGGACUUCAGGCGCCUGAGAGCAGUUGCGGAUCCGCAGGAUGUUGCGCUGCUGCAGAAAGAGCCCAUAGCUUUCUUCGACUCACAGCUCGGGCUCCGCUCCGAGCGCGUGCCGGUGGCCGCAUCGCAGGAGGAAGACUUCGAUGCGACUCGGAAGCGGAGAGUUUUCAUGGGAGCCCCGAGCCCCGAGUUUUUUGCGAUUGCACAACGUGAUAUACAUGAUGGUGUCUGGCAGUAUGCAGUGCGUGUGAUGCUUGUGUGGUGCUGUUCGAGCAUACAGUGCGAUCGACAUUGGGAUGCUUCUUUUGACAAAGGUUUCUUGCCGAAUGCAUUUGGCUUUUAG